GAGCAGUGCCUGGGGCGCGCGGACGGCAGCGCGUCGGCUUCGCUGCUGGCGGCGCUGGCCACGCUGGACGGCGCGCUGCUGGCGGCGCUGGUGGCGGCCAACGCGCUGGUGCUGCUGUGCGUGGUGCUGUCGCGCGCGCCGCCGCCCGGCGCGCCGGCCCGCGACGUGGGCCGCUCGUCGCGGCGCUUCAUCGCCAACCUGGCGGCGGCCGACGCCAUCGUGGGGCUGGCGUCCGCCUACUUCCUGGUCUUCCGGUACGCGUGCGCCGCCCGCGACGCCUUGGAAGGGCGCCGCUGGCUGUGCCUCUCGCGCUUCUUCUUCAUCAGCAACUCCCACCUCACCUCGGCCUACAGCAUGGCCGCCAUCGCCGUGGACCGCUACGUGGCCGUGGUGUACGCGCUCAGAUACAGGGAGAUCAUGAGCUUCAGGCGCUCGACGGCGCUGCUGCUGGGGGCGUGGCUGUUCCCGCUGCUGACGAGCUGCAUCCAGCUCUGGUGGAACGAGUGGCGGCCCGGGGUGGCGUGCGAGCUGGAGACAGUGCUGCCGGUGCCGCUCGUGAUGGGCGUGGGCGCGCUCUCCCACCUGGUGUUGCUGAGCGUGGUGGGCGUCACCCACUACCGCAUCCACCGCGUGGCGGCCGCCAUGGUGGCGCUGGCGGGCGUCGGCGGGGGCGGCUCGCGCACACGCCUCGACCCCGUCUCCAGCGACACGCCCCUCGCUCACCAGCACCACGCGCACCCGCGCCACGCGCACGCCACCAAGUCCGCCCGCACGGUGCUGCUCGUCACCGGCUGCUACUUCGCGUGCUGGCUGCCCUACAUGUCGCUGUACCUGGCGCGCGUGUGGGGCGCGAGCGGGUUUGCGCUGGACGUGGCCUUCGGCCUGGCGCACACCUUUGCCAACCUCAACUACCUCGUCAACCCGUUCAUCUACGCGUGGAAGAACGUGGAAGUGCGCUGCGCCAUCGUGGCCGUCUGCAAGCGCCUCGUCGACUCCAAAGGCCCGUCGCGGGUUAGUCGGCUCGGCAUCUCCACCAUCAGGAUGUCGCACAUCACCUGA